CGCUGUCGAUAGCAAUCGAUAGGCCAUCGAUGUCUGGAACAAGACUAUCUAUAUUGCUGCCAAUCGUUCUGCGCCAAUCGAGUUGCUGAAGGAGUAGUGCAAUAAAUAUGAAUUAAAUGGCAGUGGCCCACAGUGAGGCAGCAAUCGCAGCAGCAGCAGCAGCAGCAGCGGAUGCAGCAGCAGCACUAGAGCAGUAGUAGUAGUAACGAAGCCGCAGUCCCUCAUCCCCGGAGAAUCGCAGUUGUUGGUGCAGCCAUGAACUCAAACUCCUGCAGUGACAGCAGUAACGAGUCCAUGGUCAAUCCCUCGCACAUACAGAUGAACUUUGGCCAGCAGACGCAGCAGCAGCAAUCGCAUCAGCACCAUCACCAGCAGCAGCAGCAGCAGGAGCGAUAUGUGUGGGAGAUGCGAACCCGUAGCCCAAAUGUGACGCCAGCCAGCACGGUGCUCAAUUCGCCGGAUCUCAAUGCCGAACUGUCCUACGUUCCGCUGCAGGGUCUUUCGCCAUCGGGCGGCGGCGGUCAGGGAUCCGGCGGUUAUGGUUCGAGUGCGGGCCGUGAUUCUGGCGGCUAUUACUACCAGCGACCGCAAUUGCAUCAAAUUCGACUGGGUAGAAGUCCGGGCAGCCAGUUCGAGACACGGGAUGUGCUGCCGCAGGGAUUGGCCAGCCCCGGCUCGCCAACGGAUGUGGGCAAGGCGGACGGUCAGUGCCUGCGUGACGGUGAGAUCGUGGUGUUCGACGACAUCGACACCAACUGGAUGAACAAGGCAUCGAGUGGUCAGCGUCCUGGCAGCAAUGAGGAUGUCCUCAAGGUGACCAAAAUGAUUGGCCAGCUGCCAAUUGCCGAGUACGAGGGAUCGCCGCGACGAUUUGGCAAUCAGCCGAAUACAAAUACAACUACCAUGGGUGGUCCUAGAAAACGUCCGCCGGGUUUCCCGCAAAGAGUGUCGCCCACAACCAGUGCCGCUAAUAAUGCGACUGCCGCUGCAAAAGCAUCUGUGGGCAACCUCAUCGAUCUGGUCGACCACGAGGAAGAGCGUUCGGGGACGCUUCGCGAGAAGACCCCUACUUUCGACUACCUGUACGAAUUCUCAGAGACCAGAAAGGUGCUGGAGGAGUUCUUCAAGGCGAAUCCGGAGGACGAGAAGCGGUACACGGAUUACACCACGGAAAGUGGCGACGAUGUCGCUAGUUCGCAGCCACAAGAGUACCCAGCUACGCCCAUGGAGCAGGCAUAUAUUGGCCAGCGGCUGGCGAGAAUACCCAAAGAUGAGCUCUACAUGGUGCACCGAUCGCCUAUUAAGAAGCCACCCAGUGACCAGAAUCCAGCGACGGCCUACCAGGAGCAUAAUGAUAUUGAGCUGUAUAUUGAUUCGAAUAGCCGAAGCAGCGGCGAUCUGGCGGACACCGAGCUGGAGGCCAAUCUGCGGCGACAUUCGCGAAACUUUACCCUGUCACCCGAGACGACGGAUUACGAUUCGAAUUGCGGCGAUUUGGACAGUCUGUCUAACGACAUCAACUGUCCCACGGAUUAUGGCAAACUGUAUACGAGCAUGCCUGUCCUAGAAGAUGGCCUGAGCAGUGGCCACGCUUCCGACACGGAGAACAACGUGUCCGUGCUCUGUGACAAGCAGCAGUCGUCCCAGUCGCAGCCCAUCCACGAGCACAACGGCAAUGGCGAGCGGUUGGAGAACGACUACAAUGUGAUGAGCGCCAGCAUGGCCACAUUGACCACAGAUGCCUCGCAAUCGGCGCUGAUAAGCGACUUCGCCUCACUGCCCAUGCCCCCGGCUCCGCCUCCAUCAUCGCCGCCCCAAAUCGAGAUCGCCGAUGCAAGUGAAUCCAUGACCAUGGCCGCAGAUGCUGAUAAUCCACUAGACAGUCACUACGGUGCGGUUUAUGCAGCAGCUUUGGCAAGUUCUCACACGGAAAAGUCAGCGGGAUCUGGACUGGGAGUGGCUCCAGUAACUGCGGGGGUAACUUUGCCAUCGCAGGCUGCUUCCGAAAUCCAGGAGGCCAUGAAGGAGAUACGAUCCGCCUUGCAGCGUGCUAAAACGCAGCCGGAAAAGCUGAAAUUCUGCGACGAAGUGCUGCCCACGGAUCCAGACUCACCCGUUUGGGUUCCACGCAAGGGGACGACGGUCUCAGCGGCCCAAGGUGCGACGGCGGAUGAGGAACCAGACACUGAUCUGGAAACAGAUCGCCUGUUGGGUCAGCAGCGGCACGAUGAGCAGGAUUUCUUCGCCGAUCAGUCCCUGGCUGAUAACAAUGCCAAUGAGGGCACGGAUAUUGCCAGCAAUGGGCAUCUAAAUGGCACGUCGGACAACAAUAAUCCCAAUCCAAUGAAUAACACCAAGCCGCAAGCCUACUCGACGGCCACCAUCCGACAAGGCAUCGGCACCUCGCUGACACCGAAUUCGCCGGACAUUUGCCAGAUCGUGGGCACGACUGACAUCUCCAUAAGCUCGCCGGAAAAGCUGCAGUUCACCAAAAGUCCAACGGGCUCAAUAAAAUCUCUGAAGGAUUCUGCGAACUCGGACAAGAAGGCCAAAUCGCGGAACAAAGAGGGUCUCUUGGAACCCAAAGUUCUCAUUGAGGGCGUGUUGUUUCGAGCCAGAUACCUUGGAUCCACUCAACUUGUCUGCGAGGGUCAGCCGACCAAGUCGACCAGAAUGAUGCAGGCUGAGGAGGCCGUUUCCAGGAUCAAGGCUCCCGAGGGCGAAAGUCAGCCGAGCACUGAAGUGGACCUGUUCAUAUCAACCGAGAAGAUAAUGGUGCUUAACACGGAUCUCAAGGAGAUCAUGAUGGACCAUGCGCUGCGUACUAUAUCCUAUAUAGCCGACAUUGGCGAUCUAGUUGUGCUGAUGGCUCGUCGCAGAUUCGUACCGAAUAGCGUUGUAGAUCCAUCGAUCACCAGUCCAUUGGGUGAUGUUUCCACUCCGGGAAUUGGCGAGGAGGAGUCGCCGCCCAAGGAGCCACUCAGCAAGCACAAUCGUACGCCCAAAAUGAUCUGCCAUGUGUUCGAGAGCGAUGAGGCGCAGUUCAUAGCUCAGUCCAUUGGACAGGCUUUCCAGGUGGCCUACAUGGAGUUCCUGAAGGCAAACGGCAUCGAAAACGAGAGCCUGGCCAAAGAGAUGGACUACCAGGAAGUGCUCAACAGCCAGGAGAUUUUCGGUGACGAGCUGGAGAUCUUUGCCAAAAAAGAGCUGCAAAAGGAGGUGGUUGUGCCGAAGGCCAAGGGCGAAAUCCUAGGCGUGGUGAUCGUAGAGAGUGGCUGGGGUUCCAUGCUGCCCACCGUGGUGAUUGCCAACCUGAUGAGCUCCGGAGCAGCUGCCCGCUGCGGCCAGCUGAACAUCGGUGACCAGCUGAUCGCCAUUAACGGCAUGAGCCUGGUGGGACUGCCGCUGUCCACCUGCCAGAGCUACAUUCGCAAUGCCAAGAACCAAACUGCCGUCAAGUUCACCGUUGUGCCCUGUCCGCCCGUCGUCGAGGUCAAGAUCCUGCGGCCCAAGGCGCUUUUCCAGUUGGGUUUUAGUGUUCAAAAUGGCGUGAUCUGCAGUCUUCUGCGUGGAGGAAUCGCUGAGCGGGGCGGAGUACGCGUUGGCCACCGCAUCAUUGAGAUUAACAACCAGAGUGUUGUGGCCGUGCCACACGAUACCAUUGUUAAGCUGUUGUCAUCCUCAGUGGGCGAGAUUCUGAUGAAGACAAUGCCCACGUCCAUGUUUCGUUUGCUCACCGGUCAGGAGACGCCAAUCUAUAUAUAAAUAUAUAUGCAACUGUUCACACGCCUACGCUGGAAUCGAAAAUCUAUAAAUUCGUCGACUGCAACUUGAUCAGCUUUAAGUUCCAUCGAUUCGCAAAUAGACCUUAAAUUGGAGUUUGUUUAGUUUGCUUAAAUGUUGCAUUGAUUAAUGCUAUUUAUGUAUUCACAUUGCAAGGAUAAUUUUAGCCAAUUUAAAUAUGUACAUUUAUUAUGUCUACAAUGAGAUUAAUUGGUCGUCGUCAAAUCGGUCAACUGUCCACAACGGAUAACUGCAAUAGAGAUUAUUAAUAAUGCAGUUGCAGAAAAUGCUACUUUUUGGUUCAUUUUGUCCAUCUUUGUACAUGAAAAAGACUGAAUUUAAAGCCAGUGCGAGUGUAUGUGAGCAGUCAUUGUAAAGUAUUUAAAAAAUUGUAAACCCAAUGUCCCAAAAAUAUAUUCAACCUUCCCAAAUUCCCUCGCAUCCAUUAGCUUAAGCAUUCGAUUGAAUUUACUUGCAAGCUAAUUUUUAUGAUAUGAUCUAAUCCAUUAUUUGUCAUGUAAAUUAACCGUACUUUAGUUCUUUAACUACAUUUAUAAUUUUCGAUAAAAAGAAACAAAAAGCAACACACCUUAUGCCAAAAAAGAGUUAGAUUUCGUUAAAACUUAUUAUUGUAUAGAGCCAUUGCGGAUAAUUAUUGCAAUACCAUUACCGAUAUUUAUUAUUAACAAAUAGCCUUAGAAAAACGAAGCCAUGCCUGCAAAACAAACAAAACAACAAACAAAAUAAAUGCAUUUAAAAAGCGUCAGCAAAACAAAAACUAAAAAAAAAUGAAGCGCAUAUUGAUUCUAAUUGUAUAUGUAAUGUUUGUACAAGAAAUCUGCACAUUUCUCGAUCGAUUAUUGCCAUAUACAUAACGAUAUAUACUCGUACGAUAAUUAUGAUAAAUCUAAAGCGAAAACAAUAAGCAAAACAGCAAAAGUAAUACGAAGAACAAUAAUUUCAGCAUUGUCUAGUUUCUGUUAAGCAAGGGCAUACAUGUAAGAAAGAGACGGAGCCACAUGAAGGACAGAGACGGCGCCAUAGAAAGCAAAAGAGAUAGAAAGAGAGAGAGAGCUUAUUUUUGCAUACUUUAAAAGCGACAAACAAAAGGCAAAUAAACCACAAAAAGCAAAUAAUUGAAACCAA